AUGCUUGGAAGGCUUAAAAGGCCUUCCAACGUCCUUGUAACACGCAGUCUUGGAAUCAAACAAUACUAGUAUUCCGCGUAAGUGCGAAGAAUAAUCUCAUCUAACUUUGCCGUCACGGAUUCCGAGUAGUCUUUCAUCGGAGUGAUCUGGUGUAUCGUAAAUCGAAAUUCAUUCGUUAACAAGAUAAAAAAAAAGAAGAAAUUGGAGUGAAAAGUACCAAAGUAAAGAAAUUAUUAAUUUUAGUAGGGAAAAAAGUGACUUUUUUUCUUUGCGAGUUGUCUUUUUGCUUGAAUUUAUGAUUUGUGAUUAUACAGUAGUAAUUAAUUAAAUAUAAUUUGCAACCAAAAAACUAUGAGAAGAAUGAAAUUUCAAAUGGUUCUGUCAGUUCUAUUGGUCAUAUCAAUCUAUUCGCCAUUGUUGUCCGCUGCUCUCACAACUUUUGGGAAGAGCAAUCCACAGAAUCAAAAUCCAAAUCCACCACCGCCACCUACACCAACUGGUAAAGCUCGUGAAUGUAGAGUAGAAAAUGACUGUGCUGGAAUUCAAAAUACAACGUGCAUGGCAGAUCCUCGGGAUGGAAGAAUGCGAUGUCUCUGCGGCGAUUACUCAGCACCACUUAAUGGUGCCUGCACCAAUAAAUUCAAAGCACUUCAUGCAUUUUGCAAUUCCGAUGCAGAAUGCAUAGAAGAUGCUCAAUGUGUACAGCAUAAUGGCACAACGGGAAGACGCUGUUAUUGCCGAGAAGGAUUUUUCGAAGAAUCCCCACUAUUUUGUAACGGUUGUUCCUCCAUCUUCACGUUGUAUUCAACGACUCUUCUGGUUGCUUCACUCGUACUUGGAAGAUUUAAUUGCAUCUCAAAUAUUUAGGUUUUAAAUUUAAGAAUUAUCUUGAUAGCUUUUAAGUCUGUACGAUAACACAUAGUAAGAAAACAUUAUAAUUCUUGGAAUCAAUGAAUGAAAGAAGAGAAGUCGCAUAAAAAAUAUACUUAUCUAUAAAAGUAUCCAUUUCGUUCAUCGAAAGCAUUUAAAUAAGAUAUACGUACAAAUACGUUUAAGUUUCAGAAUGAUAAUGCACACUUAUGUGUCAAAUAAUUAUGAACUACGAAAGAACCUUCACUGGAUAUCAAAUAUGUCGGUAAUUAUUUUUUUGACUAAUUCUUUCCAAAUUCUUUAGAAAAACUGUCUUCUUCUUCAACAAAAAUGUGAUGGCUAUCUUAAAUACUUAGACUCAGAGAAUUUAAACAAAUAAUUGUAUGAAAUAAUAGGAUAUUUACGUAUCUUAUAUAAACUAUUUAAAUUUUCUAAAAAAAUUUUCUUGUGUAUUAAUAUAAAACAAUAGCGCAAAAAUUAAUUUUUUCACGCUGAAACAAUUAUCAUUAUUUUUACUUUAUUUAUAAUUCAGAAAAAGUGUGCAAUUUCCAGAACAGUUUUAGAAAAUACAUUAUGUAUAUAUAUGCAGUAAAGUUUAGUAUUUUCUUUUUAUAUCUCUCUCUCUUUCAGACCUGAUAAAUUCUACAUUCAGUUAUCUCAUAAGCAAUAUCAGUUUAUAACCUUAUAAAUCUUAUAUAGUUCGCGAAAAGAUGCAAAAUAUCAUAUUUAAAUUAUAAAAACAAAUUUAAAUACUUUCAAAUUUAUUUCUGUAGAAACAAUAAAUGAUUCAGAAUUUUUGAUUGUUUUUAACUUUUCAAAUCCGUGAAGGUAAAAAAUUUUGCCUUACCUGGAUAAUUUUUAUUUAAGCACAUUAAUUAUCUUUUAUAUUAUUAUAUUAAUAAUUUAUUUAUCCAUAUGCAGGCUCUAAUACAAAAUUUAAAAAGUAAACGUUAAUUCUGAAUUAUUUUGUAACUGUCAAACAUUAAUUGAAAAUAACAAGCCGCACUUAUCUACAGCCUUAAUAGCUUAAAAAUUAUUACAAUAAACAAAUUAUUAUAAUCGUUAUAAUGACAAAUUAUAAUUAUAAAUAUAAAUUAGGAUAAAUCUUAAAUUCAUUGUGUUUUAUAUAAUUUUUUCGUUCUUUGCUGUGCGAUCAAAGUUUAUUCCAUUAACAUAUUUUUAUUAUAUGUAAUAAUCAUAACAUUAGUGCAAAAGACUAAAACAAUAAAUAAUAUUAAUGUAAUUAAAAUAAAACGUAUUAACAGAUGUUAAAUUUAACUAUUUUUAGAAUAGGGUAACUUUGGUAUUUAUGUCGCGUGUGGAUUUACAUGUCAUAAGAGUAGAAAAUAAAAAAUAAAAAGGGUAAGGAUAAUUUCCAAGCAGUCACUUCGUUAUGUACUUUUUUUUAUUAAAUUCAGUUUUUUAUUGUUAAUAUUAAUAAUACAAUGGUGAGUUGUAGCGAUUUGUCAAUGUAGUGAGUAGCGCGAUCAUGUAUUAUACGACUUCUGUAAAAUGAUUACUGUAAGGAGUGGCUAGUAAGUAGUACUUAAUAAAUUAAGUUUUCGUUAGGUGCGGCAUAUAUCCUGGAGUUACUCUAAUAGAAAUAAUGCUUUGAUAGUAAAUUUUUAAAAUGUACAUAAAUAAGCUUCAUAUUUCAGCUGCACUAAAGGAUAAAAUCAGGUCAUUCAUAAAGGUUCACGUAUUAUAAUUAUAUUAUAAUAACAUACUUAGAAAAUAAUUUAUUCUUAUAUCAUAUCUUUCUCAAUGCACAAAGUAUAAAACAAAUACACAUAGAUAAAAUAAAAAUAGAUUCAUAGAAUAACAAAUUUUUCAAGAAAUUGUAAACCACACACAAUUUUUUUAAUAUUUCAGAAUUCUAAUUCUAAAAUUCUAUAAUAAAUUUAAUCGUUUAUUAAACAUUAUAUCAAUUUUGUCCUAAAUUUGAAAAUCAAUUUGAGUAUGCCACAUCAAAAUAAGUUCUUGUUAAAGAUAUAAACUUUUGUCAAUUACAAAUAUAAUCAAUACCUUAAUUACUAAUAUAAAUGCACUCGAUAGAUAAUAUAUUUAUUCACUGUUAUACAUUUAGUAAUAACAUAGAUAAGUUGUCAUUUAAUUUAUUACAAUGUAAGUAUAUUUUGUAAACUUUGUAAUAAUGAUUAAGAAAGCCUAACUAUAUCUCAUUCUAAUGUUGUUUUAUGUAUUUGGAUAUUUUUUGCACAAAUAAAUCCUUGAACCC